AUGGACAUUGGCAUAGGAAACUCCCAGAGAGGGAGUGUGCAGGAAGCUUCUGGGGUCCCCAGUGCUAAGAAGAGCCUUGGGAAAGGGACACUGGGGGCAGUCGAGCGAGUUAUGGUUACUGGGACUUCUGGGAGCCCUCCCCACCCUCCCUAUGGUCUCCCCUGUCCUAAGGGGGCAGGGCUAUCAAUGGGGCUGCUCAGGGUUGGGGGUCUGCAUCUUACAGCCCCCCUAGGGCUUCUGCUGUCCUUCUUGCUGCUGCUGCUGCUAUUCACGCCAUACAGUGAACCUGGUAUAUCUUGUGGCCAAUACCAUCCAUUUAGGAAAGUCAUUUGUGGACAUGCUGCCCCACCAGCAAGGUGGCCCUGGCAGAUGAGCCUGCAAGUUUAUCACAAGCAUAUGUGUGGAGGAUCCCUCAUUGAUACCGAAUGGGUGUUGACAGCUGCACACUGCGUCUUGUGGGAUUACAAUUACACUGUGAAGCUUGGAGAUACAUCCUAUUAUACUUCUGAGAACAGUACCGUCGCCACUGUCAAGGACAUCCUUAUCCAUCCCUCUUACUCAGAAUUCAUUUUCGUCAAGAAUGACCUUGCCCUUGUACACUUGGAAUCUCCUGUGACACUCACCCAGAAGAUUCAACCUAUCUGCCUACCUUCCAGCAAAUUCCACUUGAAGAACAGGACCCGCUGCUGGAUGGCAGGAUGGGGCCAGACUAAAGAGAAGAAGGAAGAUUCACAUCCUCUUGUGCUCCUGGAAAUUGAUCUAUACAUUAUUGAAAGAACGUACUGCAACAAAAUGUUGAGAAAGUCCUUGUUGAUCUCAGCAUUUGUAUCCAUUGUUGACAAAAAGAUGCUCUGUGCCUAUCAUCCAGAAGGAAAAGAUGCCUGUCAGGGGGAUUCCGGGGGACCCCUUGCCUGUGAAGUUGGACAGGACACCUAGGUGCAGGUGGGGAUAGUGAGCUGGGGAAUUGGCUGUGGAAAACCCGAUAUUCCUGGAAUUUAUACCAAAGUCAGUUCAUUCUCCACAUGGAUCGUCAGGACCAUAAACCAAGAAGGCUCUUUAUUUUUGGCCUCUUCCUGCCUCACAUUUGUCUCGAUGCUGCUCCCCUUGUGUGUCCUGAUAACCCCAUGACCCGGUUUCUUCAUGUCUCUGCUCAGCCCCCCUUCUAUUAUCUGCUUUCAGAAUUUCCUCAACUCUUACGGCUCCCUCCAAAGACUUCUCAUCCUUCCUUACAUUCAAAACCUCUGACCCGGCUGGGUUGCAAGAGGAUGAGCCAGUUACAGUAUGGAAAGCA